UUCGCAGAGGGUCCUGGGGCGCUCCUUGGGGCGCCCCUCGCUGCUCUCUCUGCAGUCACGGUGUGGGAUUGAAGGCGCGUGCGGGGAAAGGAUAUGCUAGCGGCUCGGGGCCCCUGCCUUGUUACUUCUCUCCAGCCAUGUGGUGCUUGCACUGUAACUCGGAGAGGACCCAGUCACUGCUGGAGCUGGAGCUUGACAGCUGUGUUGAGGGUGAAGCUCCUGGAAGUGAAACUGGCACAUCAUUGGAUAGUCCAUCUGCUUAUCAUCAAGGAACUAUAACUCACAGUUCAACAAUAAGCCCAGACCAUUACGACCAUUCUCCAUAUGGCCUGUAUUCUGUCUCUCCUGGGCAGCAAAGGCCCCGGAGGCCCAAGCUUCAGCAUUCAACAUCCAUACUGAGAAAACAAGCAGAAGAAGAAGCUAUUAAAAGGUCAAGAUCACUUUCAGAGAGCUAUGAACUUUCAUCUGACUUGCAGGAUAAGCAGGUUGAAAUGUUAGAACGGAAAUAUGGAGGCCGUCUCAUAACUAGACAUGCUGCUCGUACCAUACAGACUGCUUUUCGCCAAUAUCAGAUGAACAAAAACUUUGAGCGGCUUAGAAGUUCUAUGUCUGAAAAUCGUAUGUCACGACGUAUUGUGCUGUCCAAUAUGAGAAUGCAGUUUUCGUUUGAAGGACCUGAGAAAGUCCACAGUUCCUAUUUUGAGGGGAAACAAGUUUCUGUUACAAAUGAUGGGUCAAAACUAGGAGCCCUUGUCCAGUCUGAAUGUAGUGACCUUGGUGAAUCAGCUACAAUGAAAUCUCCAGCAGCAUCUACUGAUUUUGCUGAUGCCAUAACGGAACUGGAGGAUGCUUUUUCAAGACAAGUGAAAUCUCUUGCAGAGUCAAUUGAUGAUGCUCUGAAUUGUCGUAGCCUUCAUUCUGAUGAGGUACAGAUACCUGAUCAGGUCAGAAGUCGUGAAAUAGAGAGGGACAAUUGUCAAGUUAAACCAACAAGCCAUAAUGUUGAUCAUAGAAAACUUGAUGAAAUGACAGCAUCAUAUAGUGAUGUUACAUUAUAUAUUGAUGAAGAAGAACUAUCCCCACCGCUGCCCCUUUCCCAAUCUGUAGAUAGGCCAUCUAGCACCGAAUCUGACCUGAGGCUUCGGUCAAUAAACCCAUCUCAAGAGUACUGGUCUAUGACACACAAAGAUCAUAAGAUAGACACUGACACAAGCUGCAGGAGUACCCCUUCAUUAGAAUCCCAGGAGCAAAGAAUGAGAAUGGAUCAUUUGCCUUUACUAACUAUAGAACCACCAAGUGACAGUUCAGUGGACUUAAGUGAUCGAUCAGAGAGAGGAUCAUUAAAGAGACAAAAUGCAUAUGACCGGGGAAUUACUAGUCAGCAGGGUAGUCCAAAACACAUCUCACAUGGUUUCCCAACCAAGAUAAUAUCCCGAGAGGAGCAGGAAACUAGACAUAGGCCAAGACCUAUUGAUAGCCACUUAGCUAUUAAUGGUACAGCAAAUAGGCAAAGUAAAUCUGAGUCUGAUUACUCUGAUGGCGACAAUGACAGCAUUAAUAGCACUUCCAAUUCCAAUGACACAAUAAACUGCAGCUCAGAAUCUUCUUCUCGAGAUAGCUUAAGGGAACAAACUUUGAGCAAGCAAACAUAUCACAAAGAGACUCGCAAUAGCUGGGAUUCUCCUGCCUUCAGUAAUGACAUCAUCAGGAAACGCCACUAUAGGAUUGGACUGAACCUUUUUAAUAAAAAACCCGAAAAAGGAAUCCAGUACCUGAUUGAGAGGGGCUUUGUACCAGAUACGCCUGUUGGAGUUGCCCAUUUUCUUCUCCAGAGAAAAGGACUUAGCAGGCAGAUGAUUGGAGAGUUUCUCGGAAAUCGACAAAAACAGUUUAAUCGGGAUGUAUUGGAUUGUGUUGUAGAUGAGAUGGAUUUCUCGACUAUGGAACUGGAUGAAGCUCUCAGGAAAUUUCAAGCUCAUAUCCGUGUCCAAGGAGAAGCUCAGAAAGUAGAACGACUGAUUGAAGCUUUUAGCCAGAGAUACUGUAUCUGCAAUCCAGGUGUUGUGAGACAGUUCAGAAAUCCUGAUACCAUCUUCAUCCUAGCUUUUGCAAUCAUAUUAUUAAACACAGACAUGUAUAGUCCAAAUGUGAAACCAGAACGCAAAAUGAAGCUUGAAGAUUUUGUCAAGAAUCUAAGAGGUGUUGAUGAUGGUGAAGAUAUCCCACGAGAGAUGCUUAUUGGAAUUUAUGAGAGAAUCCGAAAGCGGGAACUCAAGACAAAUGAGGAUCAUGUAUCUCAGGUGCAAAAAGUUGAAAAACUCAUUGUUGGAAAGAAACCGAUUGGAUCUCUACAUCAUGGACUUGGUUGUGUUCUCUCUCUACCACAUCGAAGACUUGUUUGCUACUGUAGACUCUUUGAAGUACCAGAUCCAAAUAAACCUCAGAAGCUUGGAUUACACCAGCGAGAAAUAUUUUUAUUUAAUGAUCUCCUUGUGGUCACCAAGAUCUUUCAGAAGAAAAAGAAUUCAGUCACCUACAGUUUUCGUCAGUCCUUUUCUCUCUAUGGAAUGCAGGUUCUCCUUUUUGAGAAUCAAUAUUAUCCAAAUGGCAUACGGCUCACAUCAGCUGUUCCAGGAGCAGACAUAAAAGUUCUGAUAAAUUUCAAUGCACCAAAUCCUCAAGAUAGAAAAAAAUUUACAGAUGAUCUGAGGGAAUCAGUUGCAGAGGUGCAGGAAAUGGAAAAGCACAGAAUAGAGUCUGAGCUAGAAAAGCAGAAAGGUGUUGUGCGACCAAGUCUGUCUCAAUGUUCUAGCUUGAAAAAAGAAUCUGGCAAUGGAACAUUGAACAGAGCCUGCCUUGAUGACAGCUAUGCCACAGGAGAGGGACUUAAAAGGAGUGCACUCAGUAGCUCCCUUAGAGAUCUCUCUGAAGCAGGCAAGCGUGGGCGUCGCAGCAGUGCAGGAUCGCUAGACAGCAAUAUGGAAGGGUCCAUCAUUAGCAGUCCUCAUAUGCGCCGAAGAGCUACAUCAACCCGAGAGUGUCCAUCUCGCCCUCACCAGACUAUGCCUAAUUCUUCCUCACUACUAGGGUCCUUAUUUGGUAGUAAAAGGGGGAAGCCUUCCCAAGGUCAUCUAGCACCUGGCCCAUCACAACAGCCUCAGCACCCCCCCAUAAUUUCACAUCAACAGCACGCACAGCAUUCUUCUGCAAUGCACCACUCAGGGUCAGUUGAAGGGCAGACCCAGGCACAAGUGCAUGCCCACCAUUCUCAGUAUUGCCAUAUGCAGAAUCCACCCCCUUAUCAUCACCACCACCACUAUCACCCACCCCAGCAUAUCCAACAUUCACACCAGUACCAUCAUGUACCACAUUCCCAGCACGUUGCUCAUUCCCAACAUUCUUACUUGUCUCACUCCCAUGCACAGCAUUCCCAUGCUCCCCAUCCUCCAUUGCCCCCUCCUCACCCUGCACACUCUUCCCAUGCUUCGCAUCACCACGGUCAGCCAGUUCCCCCUUCUACUUCAACCAGCACUAAGUCCAAACACAGUGGCAUCAGCACAAUAGUCUAGAAACAAACUAUCCUGCCAGUAACUGUAGCUCUAGAUGUAACUAUAAAGACACUUACAGGAAGCAGAAGCAGCCUAUAAAACUGGAUUCUAAAAAAAUCCAAGCCAGAAGAAACUUAUUUGACUCCUUUGGCCUUAAGGAUUCAAUAGAACAAUUAAUAUUAGCCUGAUCAGUGCUGGUCUUAUGGUUGAACUCAGUUGUAAAACCUUCUCCUUCCUUUUCUCCAGUAGCCUUGAAAAAUAUGCUGGUUGCUGAAAAUGUUAAGCUACCUUCUUUUUCAUCCCCAUGACAAUUUUAAAUGCAUAAUGAUAAUAUAACCUACUCAAAAUAAAAGAGAAAAGUGAAAUAGAAAAAAGUGUUGCAUUCUUGCUCCUUAAUUGUCAAUGAGCAAAAACAGUAGACCUCAUAUGGUUGAUGAAAAUACGUAAGUAAACUUUAUAUAAUAUAAAUAUAUAAAUAUAUAUAUAUAUAUAUAUAUAUACACACUGUAUAGUUAAUGUUUAUGCUUAGAACAAAACUUUUGCAAAGUUCACAGAGCUAGCAAUAUAUACUUUACCAGGAAUUCCACUUACUGAUAGAAGGACAGUAUAAUAGAUGAACAGUGUAAGAAAGUGUAGACCAAAAACUAGAACAAAUUCCAGGCAUUUCAGUGUUCUCAUUAAAAAGUUCUCUGGACUUGGAAAUAAAUCUUUAAGCAAUCACUGCAAAACGUGCCAAGCACCAUAGCAUUUAGCUGUUGUAGUCCAAUAUCUCUUUGUAUAAAUCCUUAUUUUAUUAACAUGAUAAUAUACUUAGUAUUAUAACUGCUCUGCUAUUUCAGGUAAGCAAACUCUAGUUAAGAUGCAGUAACUAUACAGUAGCAACAUGAGACAACUUUAAUUGUAGUUGCCUCUAAAUUUUGGUUACUCGAAUUCUUAGACACUUUAAAGGCUGUGAUAACUGUGAACUUACACAAUCCAUAUUUCUUUUAUAUUCAUAUAUAUUUUAAUAAAAUACACAAGAAGAAUUAAGUGAAAGGUACUUGCAUAACACUGCAUAAACAUUCAUCUCAGUCCUUAAAAUGAGAUACAUCCAUCCAUUGCCUCUUUAACAUAACUUCCUCUCUUUAUCCCAAUUAAAUUAUCCUGCAGUUCAGAUUUUUCCCCCCAUAGGGAAGCACUCUGAAACUUGAAGGUUUAGUCUAGUAUUAAGUAUAGAUUUUUAUAACUGUAAUUCCAUGUAGCCAUGUGCUAGUGGCAGGAUUUUCUCACCAUUAUUCUCAUCACAUUUUUGUUAGUUUUACCCAGCACUCAGCAGGCUGAGUCUAUGCUCAAACCGUCAUGGUCCAGUUAGUCGCAAGACAUCACGUAAAAUCCAACUGUGCUGUUGUUGCUUAUGUGUUGUAAUCAAGUCAUUUGCAAGUCCAUAUGAGAUUUUUUUAAUUCCCAAAUUCUAUUUUCUAAAAAAAAAUUAUACAUGGAGCAUACUUUGUAGUUUCAGCAUUUUGAGCCACAUCAGUCACAAGGAUUGUACAUCUAAAUGACAGGAAAAAAAGGAACUGCAGAACUGCACCAGCUGAAUUGUGAAUAUAGCUUAAAGGAAGAAGAAAAAAGUUCCAGUGAGAGAUGGGUAAAACAACAAAAUGUAUUGCUGCUUCUGAAUGUAAAAAUGAUGUGUGAAGAUGACUUUUCUGUAUUGGAUUAUUCCUAGUAUCUCCAGCUUAGUUUUUCUCCCCCUCUCUUUCAUAUUAUGGAUUAUAUCAUGAGUACCAGCAAAACUAUAAUUUGCAUAAAGCAAAAACAACCACCUAGAGUUUAGCCUUUUGUUUAAGUGUGUCUACUAUUUUUCAUGUGUGCAAUACUAUUUUCUGUUUGGUUUCCUAUAAAUUAACUUCACCUUAAAUGAAAGUAAAUUUUAAUGGUCAUACCGGCUGUUCUAAAUUGUGCAGCUUACCUUAAGAGGGCUAAUCUCAGCCCCUCUGAGGCUCUGUUCCUUGCAGUUAAAAAAUCUUGUUCUUAUAAGGGAUAAUAGAACUGUCUGCAUGUCAUCUAAUGUUAAUAGAGUUGAGGCUACACUCUACGUAUUGUAUAUUUGCAAAAUAUAUCAGUGUUACUGUUGAUAUUAGUUGAAGUAAAGUGAUAACAUAUUUAAAUAUGUAAGCUUUUCUUCAGACCUUUGUACCAAUAACAGAGUCUAACUGUAAUUUAUAAGUUGUUCCAGAAAAGAUGAGGCAGGGGUGGGCUUUUUUUCUUUCUUUGUUUUGCAUUAAAUGUUCUACAUAAUGAGUUCAAGGCACAUGCACUGGAAAGUAAUUUUAUUUUCUAUUUAACACAUUAAUAUUCUAUAGCACCUAAUUUUUAAAGAUAUAUGUUGCAUAUCCAUUUAUACUGCUCAUUUGGAUAGCACAGGUAACUCUAUGAAAGAUGUGCCUAUGCUGUUACAUUACACAUGCUUAUAUCAGAUAUUUACGCAUAGAUGCUCCCUAGUCAUAUACUAAGACUCAGAUUGUGUAGAAAAGUCUGUCUUAUUGUAUAUGUCUCUGGAACAUAUAAGAGCAAUCCAACUGUAUCUAAGACUUUAUCCCUAUUCUCUCUUUCUAUAAUUAUUUUCAACCAAUAUGUCCUGUUGUGACCAAUUUCAGAACUUCAUUAUUUUUUCGGAGAGCAGUCUCAUGUAUCAGAAUACCUCUUAGAUUGCCAGUAAGAAAUGGAAGUGAGCGUUAUCAAUGUCUCUGCUGUUGGAGAAAAUACAUUUUCUAGCAUGGAGCAAGAAUAGAUAUUGAACAACUUUUGUUAGGAUUUUCUUAUUGAUUAAAAACCAGCACAAAGCACCAUUGAACCAUAUGUCUGUCUUGUCAUUUAAUAGUGAGGCUAGGCAACACUAGUAUACUAUUGAAUGAAGGAAAGACUAAAAGGCCUCGCAAAAAUAUCUUUUCUGGGACAACAGUCAAAUACAUAUUUGUUUUAAUCCUUUUAAGUUAAGAAUGAAAUGUACAACAAUGUAAAAAAAAGUAAUCCUAAUAUAAUGUACAUGUCUUGUAUUGCUAAAAAGAAGUCUUCAAGCCUAACAUUGUCAAAUGAUUUUCCCAUCAAGCACUGCAUGCAGCAGAAGCCUCUUGUUUCUUGAUUUAAAAAUGAGCUGAGAUUCAGUCAGCUGCUACUUAAACAAUGACUCUCUACAUGUUGACUUGCUGUUCCAUAUAAAGCUGUGCAUUUUCUGCAGUUAAGCAUGCAUUUUUGCUGUUUCCGUUGUAAAAUAUCAUCACUUCUUGCCUGCAAAAUGAGUAAUUGUGUAUAUAAUCAAAACGGAGGGCGGAAGUGACCAAUAAUAAGAUUAAAUUUGAGGGAGGGAAAAGAGUAGUAGAAACAGGACCAAGUGCGGGGAAGAGCUAAUUCUCUAAAUUGUACAUAGUGUGUAAAUUAGUAUUAAUAUAAGUCUGCAGUCAAUUUCAGGUUGCAUAGAGUACCUGUCCCCUGCUAGGAACUUAAUCCAAGCCUUGAGUUAUAUUAAACUGUUAUAAUUAGGUCUUGAAUGCAGACUGUUAAAAGACAUCAAGAAACAUCAUGCUGACAAGAAGCUUCUGUUCUGGGAGGCUCAAGACCCAUUUUGUAACUGUUGGGAAGAAAGGAGUGCUAUCAUUUUAAUAUGCAUUGUUUGUAAGUAGUAUCAGACCUUCCUUAUUGUUGUAAAACUAUAACUGUGAUUAUGUGGAAAAUCAAAUAAAUCACUUUGAACUCA